AUGAUGGAGUACUAUGAAGUAUUGGAAGCCAUUAGUACAGGUUCCUUUGGUUCGGCAUUUUUGGUAAGGCAUAAACAUGAUUGGAAAAGGGUUCUCAUUGCAUUAAGUAUCAUUCUUCUUAUUGCUGGGUACAUGUUGAAGAAAAUCUACAUUUCUCGGCAAACUGACAAAACACUGAGAUUUGUGCAACAGGAGGGUAGUUAUGUAUGCAAGAGACUGCUUACUAUGAAGGAGAAGACAUGGCGGAUGCAAUCAGAAGAGCGAAUGGCAUUUAUUUUCCAGAAGAGAAGCUUUGCAAAUGGCUUGUCCAGUUGCUGA